AAACGAUUUUGAUGGGGCUACCUUAAAGCGAAUUUACACGCUUAUUUCAACAACCACAUAGCGAGUCUGUAUCAAUAUUUCAUUGCACAAUUCAUUAAAGUCAUGAAAUUGGCAUUGCGACAGGAACCAAACCAAAAACUUUGUCUUGCCUUAGCCAACACCAAUACAGAUGUGACUAAUCACGUCAGUUUCUUGGGCGGCAGAGUAUAAAAUAGUGUAAUAGUGUUUGGACGAUUACUAUUGAUUGGCAACACUUUCUGUAUUCACAACCAUUGAUUUUGUCACUGCAGCACGUGUACUACAACAAGUUGGGAGAUUAAACAAUACAUGAUCAACACUCUCAUAUAAAAGAGUAAAGCAGAAGAACUCAGGACUGCAGGACGAGUAGAAAGAACAAUGGAAUAUACAGACGUAAUUAUGGCUUAAAUUUAGCCAUCGUUUCAUAAAAUGUUUUUACAUUACCUUUGGACAGAAAGGAUGUGAAAAUGGUCGACCUAAAAUCAUGGAACUGGAUACAAAUAUAGUCGUGCAUAGACAGAAACUAUUCGGUUCUGCAUUAAAAUCAUACUUCUUGAGAAAAAUUACAAAAUAUCAAAACAUUCUCCUGAAAAAUGGUAUUCAUCUCUCAAAUCAAAGCUAUAGCUGUGAUGACAGUCUCGCUAUGCCCGGGAGUCAGUCAUUCGAAGAUCAAAUAGAACUAGUGAUUGGACACAAAUCUGCUUCACCAAGUGCUUGCAAAGCCUUCUGGAAGAUUGGAAAUCGGAUUAGCACUAUAAAGCUGUUCAGAUGGAUUUAUUUAAUUGUUCAGAGAACCAAGGCCGCGAGAAUUUUGCAUCAUUUAGAUGGUAUAUCAGAAGGUGAAAUUGAGACUGUGAUAAAAUCUGUAGGAGAAGAGAUUGCCGUGGCAUUCGAGUACCAGUUGUAUCUCCUGGAAGGUGAUUUAGAGAUCAUCAAACUGGCACAGCAUGCAGGGGCAUGUAUCAUAACGUACUUGAAUUCCAAAGAGGCACAUUAUGCCCCAGAGAGUUUGCUUCAAGCGAUUCUUGAGGUAAAACCACAAAGUAACAGCAACAAAGAAAUCCUAAAAACUAGAACAAUUUGUUUCAAAAACCAACAAGUCUGUUUAAGAUGGAGACUGAGUCAAGUCCUGAAACAACCUGGACUGAGAACCAUUCCAAGUGAUAUGGGUGAAGUAAGCAAUGAGAAAUCAAGUCCGGAAAAAGGUGAUGAACAACCCCAACAUGAUGAUGAAAAAGUAGAUGGGAUACUGCAGGGUGCUCCAAAUAAUUUAAUAGAAACACAGCAGUCAGUUAAUAUUGAGCAAGAUAAAAGUAAAGAAGAAUUGAAUAGUGUAUCAGAAGAUCUAACCACAACAAAAAAUACCGAAAAUGAUAAUACAACUUCAGGUGAAAAUGUGGAAGAGAAACAAGGUAAUACUUUAAGUACGAAUAGUUCAGGGCAUGAUGAAAGUUUAAUUUAUGUAGCCGAGUCAAAGAAAACAAGAAAGCACAGAAGAAUCACUGCAGUUGAUAUGGACUUCGAGAAAGGUGUGAUGAAAGUCACAGAUUACAGUGUGGAAGCAAGCGACUUUAGUCCCAUUGGGAACGAAACUUCACAAGUUGAUGGCAGUGACUCCACAUCUAUUGAUGAAGAUCUAGAUUCGGAACAUGACAAUGUAGAAUGUAACUUGUUGGAAAACAGAAACUCCAUAAACACUCUCAGCUUAGAUAAUUCUCUGGAAGAAAAUGCUAUUCCAAGGAAUUUAGAAAGUGCCAUGGUUAGUAGUGCAGAUGGAGUCAAACUUCUUAAAAAUCGUCAGCUGAACAAGACUAAUAAGGACAAUAAACUUGAUGAAUUUGUUUCAGACGAACAAGUUGCCAGUAAAAAUGAGGAAAUAGAAAAUGUUUUUGAUACAGGAACAUGCAAUAAAAAUGGUGAAAACAACAGCGAUAUCAAAAUGCUCAAUGAAGACGGUGCUGAAUGUAGUGGAAUUUAUACCACUGAAUACAUAUCACAUAACUCUGUAAAUACUCAAAGUAACAUAACUAAUAACACAGGAGAUUUGUAUGAUCAGAAAGAUGUACAUGCUCAUGAAACUGACGUACUUUCCAGUGACAAUACAUAUCAGUCUAAACAAGAACCAAACAUUACAACUGUUGAAACUGUUGUUACACAGGGUGAUGACUCUAUGCCAGAUGUUGCCAGCAUUGAUAAAUCUUAUAUUUUCUACGGCUGUUUUACCCCAUAUGGUGCUAAAUGUAGACCGGAGAUUUAUGGUUAUCGAGGACCACUGCAUGUUUGGAACGAGGUGGAAAGAUGCUAUACACUUAUUUACAAUGACACAGUUACUGUUACCAGAAAAAACCAAAGACAGAUUAAAAACAGUUCCCUAGAUUUUCAUCAAACAUAUAUUCCAAAAACAGUUUGCAGGCAUUAAAUCUUAAGACACUGAAUAUAUAUAUAUAUAUAUUAUAAUAUCAUCAACAUGUGUGGUUGUAAAACAUUCUGCAAUGAUCAGAGGAUGGACAGCAGUAUCGCAAAGAUAACUUCCUUUAAAAUUGUGGUUUUACUUUUCAAAUAGUUCCAGAAAAUUCUGAAAUAUGUUUAUAUACUUUGAAUAUUUUAUGCACAACGAAAGAGUAGAUUAACCUCAUACAGAAAUCUAACAUAUCAUUG